UGUAUUUGCACGGGCAUAAGAAAGAAAACUACUAUAGAAAGAAAGCUCUGCUCUCUCUCACACACUCACACACUUCUUGCUAAUUCAGGAGAGCAAAUUAUCAACGACAAAAAUACAAUGUAAGAGUGACUGCAGGAGUUGGAUUCUAGGAUAAUUUGGGAGAAUCGAUCAGUCCAAAGAGCAGAGGAUUCAUUCUUUAAAAUAAAGAGAAGAGAAAAAAGAAAGAAAAAAAGUGAGAAUCCUGAGGACGUGAAGCUUACUUUUUUGCCAAGCUGGUGUUCAGGUAGAGUUUACUGCCAGGUAGCCAUGUCCAGAUCUGGUGACAGAACAUCCACCUUUGACCCGACUCACAGUGACACCCUGCUGCAUGGUCUCAAUCUGCUCUGGAGGAAACAGCUUUUCUGUGACGUGACUCUCACUGCCCAGGGACAGCAAUUCCACUGCCACAAAGCAGCGCUGGCAUCCUGCUCUCAAUACUUCAGGUCCCUCUUCUCCAGUCACCCCAUCAGCAAAGAGGGCAAUGCCAAUAAAGACCAGGGGAGUGGUGGGACCCCAUCAUCCUCCCCAGAUGAGAAGCUCAUAGCCAGCCCCAGAUCCAUCAACAACCUGGUGCUACAGGGCUGCUCUUCCAUUGGUCUCCGGCUGGUCUUGGAGUACCUGUACACUGCCAAUGUGACUCUGUCCCUGGACACUGUGGAGGAGGUCCUGUCUGUCAGCAAGAUCCUUAAUAUCCCCCAGAUUACCAAGCUGUCCAUGCAGUUCCUCAACGACCAGAUCUCUGUUCAGAACUACAAGCAGAUCUGCAAGAUAGCUGCACUCCAUGGGCUGGACGAGACCAAAAAACUUGCCAACAAGUACCUGGUGGAGGAUGUUCUCCUGCUGAACUUCGCAGAGAUGUGCUCCAUGCUGGACACCCUGCCUCCCCCGGUGGAGUCCGAGCUGGCCCUCUUCCAGAUGUCUGUCCUCUGGCUGGAGCAUGACCGGGAGACCCGCAUGCAGUACGCCCCGGACCUGAUGAAGAGGCUCCGCUUCGCCCUGAUCCCGGCUCCAGAGCUUGUGGAAAGGGUGCAGUCGGUGGACUUCAUGAGAUCAGACCCGGUCUGCCAGAAGCUGCUCAUGGAUGCCAUGAACUACCACUUGAUGCCUUUCAGGCAGCAUUGCAGACAGAGCAUGGCCAGCAGAAUCCGCUCCAAUAAGAGGAUGCUGUUACUGGUGGGUGGAUUGCCUCCUGGACCAGACAGGCUUCCGAGCAAUUUAGUCCAGUAUUAUGACGAUGAAAAGAAGACAUGGAAGAUACUUACAAUUAUGCCUUAUAACAGUGCUCACCACUGCGUUGUUGAUGUGGAUAACUUUUUAUUCUUGCUGGGAGGAGAAGAUCAGUGGAACCCCAAUGGUAAACACAGCACCAAUUUCAACAGCCGCUAUGAUCCAAGGUUUAAUAGUUGGAUACAACUCCCACCCAUGCAAGAAAGGAGAGCCAGCUUCUAUGCAUGUCGACUGGAUAAACACCUCUAUGUGAUCGGUGGGAGAAACGAAAGUGGGUACCUCUCCAGUGUUGAGUGCUAUAACUUGGAAACCAAUGAGUGGCACUACGUGUCUUCUCUACCCCAGCCUCUGGCAGCGCAUGCAGGGGCUGUACAUAAUGGAAAAAUAUACAUCUCAGGCGGUGUCCACAAUGGUGAAUAUGUGUCCUGCCUUUAUUGCUAUGACCCAGUGAUGGAAGUGUGGGCUAGGAAACAAGACAUGAACACAAAGCGAGCCAUUCAUGCUUUAGCUGGAAUGAAUGAUCGUCUGUAUGCUAUCGGCGGAAACCACUUGAAAGGCUUUUCCCACCUUGACGUCAUGCUGGUGGAGUGUUAUGACCCUAAAAGUGACCACUGGAAUAUUCUUCAGACCCCCAUUCUGGAGGGGCGUAGCGGGCCAGGCUGUGCAGUGCUUGGUGACAGCAUUUUCCUUGUCGGUGGUUACAGCUGGAGCAUGGGAGCGUACAAGUCCUCAACCAUCUGUUACAGCCCAGAGAAAGCAACGUGGACAGAGCUGGAGGGAGACGUGGCUGAGCCUUUAGCAGGCCCAGCAUGUGCUACAGUUAUACUGCCAGCUUGUGUGCCAUUCAGCAAGUAAUGUACAGUAAACUCUGAUGAACUGUGAGACAAGGAAGAAAGAUUGUUCUGUUUUGUAAUGUAGUCAUGGGUAACAGGACCAUCCAUGAACAACACAACAUCAUCUUUGAGGCAUACAAAUUCUGCUGUACUGUCACUUCAAAAACAACAGCAGGGGAAAAAAAGAAGAAAUAAGAAGAAAUAGAAGUGUAUGAAUGAUUUGUACCGGAUUGUGGUGUGGCAGGGUUAUUACUUCAAGGGUUUAGCAAGGUGAAUCAUUUUAAAUGAAAUUCAACUUUACCCCAUUUGGAACUUCCAGGAACUUCCAGAGGAUAUUGUUGUCAUAGGGUUUUGAAUGGGUUCUGCUGUUUAACAGUAAAUGCAGAAGUUUGGUACCUGCUUCACCAAUUUGAGCCACUAACACUCCAGCAAUUAAAGCACUGCACUGUCCAAUUUAGGUGUGAACUUGUUAUACUGUGUUUAUCAUAAAAGAUAUACAAAUAACCAGGCUUCUUAUAAAAAUGAUCAUUAGCAAUGAUUCCAAUCAUUGAGCCUUAUUACAGAAAAUGAAC